CCCUGCUCUUAUGCGCUAAUGUUUUCGAAAUGUUCUUCACGCUCCAGAUCUCUACUCUUCUUUAUACGCUUCCCCUGCUUCUACUCGAUGUCACUUUGUGUCUCUACUUUUAUUUAUACCUCCCUAUGAAGCUGCUUGGCGUGAACGCAGAGAAUUUAGACGCCGAAAUAGAGCAAUUGCUGAAUGCCGAGAAGCAUGCGAGGCUCGCCGGCGAUGUCGCCGCCACAAGAAACGCCGUCACUGAAAUUUUACGGCUAUGUUUCGAAGCGCGUGCAUGGAACACUCUCAAUGACCAGAUUGUUCUGUUAUCCAAACGACGUGGCCAGCUUAAGCAGGCUGUAACAGCGAUGGUCCAGCAAGCUAUGCAAUAUAUUGAUGAGACACCGCAUAUUGAAAUUCGUAUAAACCUCAUCGAAACCUUGGAAAGUGUAUGUGCAGGAAAGAUAUAUGUUGAGAUUGAGAGAGCUCGAUUGAUCAAGAAUCUUGCAAAAAUUAAGGAAGAACAAAGACUUAUUGAUGAAGCUGCUGAUUUGAUGCAAGAAGUUGCGGUAGAAACUUUUGGUGCCAUGGCAAAAACUGAGAAAAUCGCUUUCAUUCUCGAACAAGUUCGUUUGUGUCUAGACCGCCAUGAUUAUGUUCGUGCUCAUAUUCUCUCAAGAAAGAUUAGUACAAGAGUAUUUGAUGCUCAUGUUUCAAAGCAAAAGAAAAAGGCUAAAGAAGGUGAUAAUGUUGUUGAAGAAGCUCCUGUAGAUAUACCAUCUUUGCCAGAGUUGAAGAGGAUCUAUUAUGAACUAAUGAUUCGGUACUAUUCCCAUAAAAAGGAUUACCUUGAAAUUUGCCGAUGCUACAAGGCAAUAUAUGAGAUACCAUCUGUCAAAGAAAAUCCUACCGAGUGGAUUCCAAUCCUGAGGAAGAUAUGCUGGUACUUGGUUCUAUCACCACAUGAUCCAAUGCAGUCAAGCCUUCUCAGUUGCACCUUGGAGGAUAGGAAUCUGUCUGAGAUUCCAAACUUUAAGUUACUGUUGAAACAGUUGGUCACUAUGGAGGUUAUCCAGUGGACAACUCUUUGGGAUUCAUACAAGGAUGAGUUUGAGAAUGAGAAUAUCCUUGAAGAGAAUUUGGGUGAAGAAGCAGAAGAAGAUCUAAGGGAAAGAGUAAUUGAACAUAAUAUUCUUGUUAUAUCAAAAUACUAUGCGAGGAUUACUUUGAAGAGACUUGCAGAGCUUUUGUGCCUCAAUGUCCAGGAAGCUGAGAAGCAUCUUUCAGAUAUGGUUGUGUCCAAGGCGUUGGUGGCGAAAAUUGAUAGACCCAUGGGAAUAGUUUGUUUCCAAAGAGCCAAGGAUAGCAACGAUGUUCUUAACUCAUGGGCAGCAAACAUGGAGAGGCUGCUUGAUCUUGUGGAGAAGAGCUGCCACCAAAUACACAAGGAAACCAUGGUGCAUAAGGCUGCCUUGACGGUUUAAGAAGGUCCAUGCUACUAUUAAAAGUUACAGGUUUUAAGGUGAAUUUGGUGAAAGAAGUGAAGAAGGAGAGAAAGGGAAUCAGAAAAGACAUCAAAAAGUGCAACAGGAGAAGCCGCAACUGCCGCUCAGCGGCAGUUUACCGCUGAGCGGCACUCAGGAGUUCACGGGGAUCCGCUGAGGGGCAAAAUGGCCGCUAAGGGGAAGAAUCGAGCUCGCGCACUUACCGCUGAGCGGUACUUUACCACUGAGCGAUACUUUUAUGGGCUUGGGCCUAAUUUUUCUGUAAUUUACGAAUAAUAUAUAAGCUUUAGGGUUUCCUAGGGUUUGUAUCUUUGGCUGUGACGAAGCAAAUACUCUCUCUUCCAUCCCUUUGAAGGAGGAUCUUGGAUGCUCAGGCUACCUCUUCACCUUUCUAGGGUUUUAUCUUUCAUUAUUGUUCAUCUAGUUUCACCAUGAAUAUGGUGAACUAA